UGGGCGGCGGGGCUUGUGCACCUCCCGCCCCCUCUCAGUGGAAGGCCGGGGCGCUACAGCAGGCUCCGAUCGCCCCCAUGGCCGCACUGAGGACAGCCCUGUGCGUUUUGCGGAACGACCUGCGCUACCACGAUAACGAGGUUCUCCACUGGGCACACAGCAACGCAGACUUUGUCAUUCCUUUAUACUGCUUUGACGCCCGGCACUACGCAGAAACCCAUUACUAUCAAUUCCCCAAGACUGGCCCCUAUCGCCUUAAGUUUCUGCUGGAGAGCUUGGAAGAUCUCAGGGAGACGCUCAAGAAAAAAGGCAGUAAUCUGGUGGUGCGAAAAGGGAAGCCGGAAGAUGUCGUCUGCGAUCUGAUUGCCCAGCUCGGUUCCGUGGCUGCCGUGGUAUUCCACGAAGAGGCGACAAAGGAAGAGCUGGAUGUGGAGAAGGCGCUGCUGCAGGUGUGCUCUGAGCGGGGGGUGGUGGCCCAGAAGUUCUGGGGGUCAACGCUCUAUCACCGGGACGACCUGCCCUACAAGCACAUUUCCAGGUUGCCCGAUGUGUACACCCAGUUCCGGAAAGCCGUGGAGUCCCAGGUGAAGGUCCGGCCUCUUCUGCAAAUGGCCACUCAGCUGAAGCCGUUGCCUCCAGGGGUGGAAGAAGGCAGCAUCCCCAAAGUGGAAGAUUUUGGGAUGCAAGAUCCGUUGACCGAUCCCCGCACUGCCUUCCCUUGCGGCGGCGGAGAGACCCAGGCCUUAAGGAGGCUGCAGUAUUACUUCUGGGACACGAACCUAGUCGCUUCGUACAAGGAGACCCGGAACGGAUUGAUAGGAGUGGAUUAUUCGACCAAGUUUGCGCCCUGGCUGGCUCUGGGCUGCAUCUCGCCCCGGUAUAUUUACGAGCAGAUCCAGAAAUAUGAAAAAGAGAGGACAGCAAAUCAGAGCACCUAUUGGGUGCUUUUUGAACUGGUGUGGAGGGAUUACUUCCGAUUUGUGGCCCUGAAAUACGGCAGGAGGAUUUUCUUUGUGAGAGGGCUCCAGGAUAAAGAUGUUCCCUGGAAGAAGGACCCCAAACUGUUUGACUCUUGGAAAGAAGGAAAGACGGGAGUUCCCUUUGUCGACGCCAACAUGCGUGAGCUGGCUGCCACGGGCUUCAUGUCGAACAGAGGGCGCCAGAACGUGGCCAGUUUUUUGACCAAGGAUUUGGGUUUGGACUGGAGGAUGGGAGCCGAAUGGUUUGAGUCCCUGCUGGUGGAUUAUGAUGUCUGCAGCAACUAUGGCAACUGGUUGUACAGCGCUGGAGUCGGCAAUGACCCGAGGGAGAACCGGAAAUUCAACAUGAUUAAACAAGGCUUGGAUUACGACAGCAACGGAGACUACGUCCGACUGUGGGUUCCGGAAUUGCAGGGCAUAAAAGGAGGAGACGUACACACCCCUUGGGCGCUGAGCACCGCUGCCCUUUCUCAGGCUGGCGUGAGCCUCGGGGCCACCUAUCCUCUGCCAGUCAUCAUGGCCCGGGAGUGGAGCAGGCACAUCAACCAGAAACCGAACAGCCAAGGUCCCUCUCUGAAGGGAAAGAAAGGUCCUUCAUACACCCCAAAGCAGCACAAAGACAGAGGAGUGGAUUUUUAUUUUUCUCGGAACAAAGACUUGUCUUGAGGAGAGUGGCUGCGGUUCCCUGGGGAAAUGACCCGGAGGCGAAGGGUCCCAACGGGCAUCUGCUACUGGGUAUAGCUGGUAGCCCUUUUUGGACCUUCAGGGGCUGGGAAACCUGUGCUGUGGUAGGCAAAGCUAUGUGUGUAACUUGAAGGCUUGCAGAGGCAAAAGCUACAUCAACUGAAAAUAUGGCUUUCCCUGGAAUCUUGCUAUUUUGUCAAACUUAAUAUGGCUGCCCCUUUGUAAAACAAACCGAGGGUGUCCCUCCGACUGAUUUGUGGGAGGGAUUCCUGUGCACUCUGGGAAAUUUAGGGUUGCACCAUUAAAGUCGAUUGAAGUGCUCUGUAGUCCUUGUGCCACAAAACCGCUUUAAGAAAGAAACAGACUUUUGCAGUUAGGAAAGUGACAGGGAAAUGCACUGAAAAAUGUGGGGGGAAAGGAUUAGCAGGAAGAUGUACUAACACCCUGCAAGCAAAUCAGAACAACUGCUCAAUAAAGCCUGGAUAUAUUCUAACCCCUGCAUAAACGUCGUGCAAGCGAAUCAGUAUGAAUGAUGGAAGAAAAAGGUUGUUUGGAGGAGUCCAAAGUUACAAAAAAAGUUGUGCUAAAAGCUGUGCUAGCUUUGGGGGAAAGCAUGGGAUUCAGAAAAUAGUUUUUGAUAUUAGUGUGGGCUUUGUUUUCUUACGCAAAAAUGGUUUGGGCUAUUAAAAAAUGAUUAUGACAAAUAAACUUGCUUUCGGCAUCAAGAUUUUCC